AUGCCAGUCAGUGAUGCCAAUCAGUGCCACCUAUCAGUGCCAUGCUCAUCAGUGCCACCUACCAGUGCCUCCUCAGUGUCCAUCAGUGCCACCUAUCAGUGUCCAUCAGUGCAGCCUAUCAGUGCCCUUCACUACAGCCUCAUUAGUGCACAUCAGUGAAGGAGAAAACUCACUUAUUUACAAAAUUUUAUAACAAAAACUAAGAAACAAAUUUUUUUUUUCAAAA